GUCCUCCGUGGUAACCGCCCCAAAUGGCCUCGCGACGUUGUCGGGGUGCUGCUGCGACGAGCGCGCAUAAGGCUGCUAUCAGCUGAAAAUCGCCACGCGCAUGGACAAUGGCGGUUUUCUGAGGAUUUCCAACCACGCGUACCACGAGGGCCCGAAAAUAUGUAAUUCCGUGUCAAAGUGUCCGUGAACGGUCGAGUUUCGCGCAUUUACGUUUCUCUGCUCGACUCGUAUAACAUCCUGUCUCGUGACAGAAAUACGCAAGAACGAUGUCAUAGUCAGGUGUGAGUCGAGAUCACGUCGGACACAAUGGCACUGUUGUUCGCCAUCAUUGUUAUCCUGGUUACCACUGCCAUGUCGUUGCCACCGGUCAUCAGAAUCGGUGCGAUCUUCACGGAAGAUCAGAAGGACAGUCCGUCGGAGCUGGCGUUCAAAUACGCCAUCUAUAAAAUCAACAAGGACAAAACUCUGUUGGCGAACACGACGUUGGUCUACGAUAUACAAUACGUACCUAAGGACGAUUCCUUCAGGACGUCGAAGAAAGCUUGCAAGCAGCUGUCCAGAUCGGUUCAGGGGAUCUUCGGACCUUCCGAUCCUCUUCUGGGUGCUCACAUACAAAGUAUAUGCGAGGCUCUGGACGUCCCGCACCUAGAAGCUAGGGUCGACUUCGAACCGACGUUUAAGGAGUUUAGUAUAAACCUCUAUCCCUCGCAGGACCACUUGAACAAAGCCUUCAAGGAUCUCAUGUCUUUUUUAAACUGGACCAAAGUGGCAAUUAUCUACGAAGAGGACUACGGAUUAUUCAAGUUACAGGACCUCGUGAAAUCACCGCCUUCCACGAGGACAGAAAUGUAUAUUCGACAGGCAGGUCCUGGAUCCUAUAGGCAAGUGCUUCGAGAAGUAAGACACAAGGAGAUUUACAAGCUCAUCGUCGACACCGAUCCCGCGCACAUGCAACAAUUCUUUCGAGCGAUACUCCAGCUGCAGAUGAACGAUUACAGAUACCACUACAUGUUCACCACGUUCGACAUCGAAACGUUCGAUUUGGAAGAUUUUAAAUACAACAGCGUGAACAUGACCGCGUUUCGUCUGGUGGACCUGGAGGAACCGAAGGUGGCGGAAGUUCUCCGACAGAUGGAACGCUUCCAGCCGAUUGGCCACGCGAUCCUCAACAAAACCGGAGUUAUCCAGGCAGAACCAGCUCUGGUGUACGACAGCGUGCAGGUUUUCGCGCACGGUUUGGCGGCGUUGGACCGCAGCCAUGACCUGAGGCUCGCUAAUUUAUCGUGCGAGAAAGAGAAACCCUGGGACGACGGUCUCUCUCUCUACAACUACAUUAACGCCGCAGGUUUACACGGACUAACCGGACAUAUCGAGUUCAACGAAGGAAAACGGAACAACUUCAAGUUGGACUUACUGAAAUUGAAGAAAGAAGAACUGGUGAAGGUGGGCGAAUGGAAACCCGGUUCCGGUGUUAACGUGACCGACGUCGGCGCUUUUUACGAGACAACCGCCACUAAUAUCACUCUGGUCGUCAUGACGAGAGAGGAGAAACCGUACGUGAUGGUAAAAGAGGACAAGAAUCUGACCGGAAACGCUAGAUUCGAAGGGUUUUGCAUCGAUUUGCUCAAGUGGAUCGCCGGUCAAGUUGGCUUCCAGUACGCCAUAAGAUUAGUGCCCGAUCACAUGUACGGCGUUUACGAUCCAGAAACCAAAGAAUGGAACGGCAUCGUACGGGAACUGAUGGAGAAGAGGGCAGACUUGGCUGUCGCGUCCAUGACGAUCAACUACGCGCGAGAAAGCGUGAUAGAUUUCACGAAACCGUUCAUGAAUCUCGGUAUAGGGAUUCUGUUUAAGGUGCCCUCCAGCCAGCCAACGCGCUUGUUCUCCUUCAUGAACCCGCUGGCCGUCGAGAUCUGGCUAUACGUGCUGGCCGCGUACAUGCUGGUAAGCUUCACCCUGUUCGUGAUGGCACGAUUCAGCCCGUACGAGUGGAACAAUCCGCACCCGUGCCUCGCGGAAAGCGACGUGGUCGAGAACCAGUUCAACGUCAGCAACAGCUUUUGGUUUAUCACUGGCACGUUCCUGAGACAGGGCAGUGGGCUCAACCCCAAGGCGACUAGCACGAGAAUCGUGGGCGGAAUCUGGUGGUUCUUCACGUUGAUUAUCAUCUCCUCUUAUACGGCGAAUUUAGCCGCUUUCCUAACGGUGGAGAGAAUGAUAACGCCGAUCGAAAACGCGGCCGAUCUUGCUGAGCAAACCGAGAUCUCCUAUGGCACGUUGGAAGGUGGCAGUACCAUGACAUUCUUUAGAGAUUCGAAGAUUGGAAUAUAUCAAAAGAUGUGGAGGUUUAUGGAAUCAAAGUCACCUUCGGUGUUCGUGAAGAGCUACGAGGACGGUGUAAAAAGGGUGUUGGAGGGUGACUACGCGUUUUUAAUGGAAUCUACGAUGCUCGACUACGCGGUGCAACGCGAUUGCAAUCUCACGCAAAUCGGUGGUCUACUGGAUAGCAAGGGCUACGGGAUCGCUACGCCAAAAGGUUCGCCUUGGAGGGAUAAAAUAUCUCUGGCGAUUCUGGAACUACAGGAGAAGGGGGUGAUACAGAUCCUGUACGAUAAGUGGUGGAAGAACACCGGAGACGUGUGCAACCGGGACGAGAAGAGCAAGGAGAGCAAAGCUAACGCGCUGGGCGUCGAAAAUAUCGGCGGUGUCUUUGUCGUGCUGCUGUGCGGCCUGGCGUUAGCGAUCCUGGUGGCGAUUCUCGAGUUCUGCUGGAACUCGAAGAAGAACACCCAAUCGGACCGGUCCCUAUGCGCCGAAAUGGCCUCGGAAUUGCGGUUCGCCGUGCGCUGCGGCUCCAGGCAGAGACCAGCCGCGAAGGCGCGCAAUUCCGACGCCGCGGUGCCGUGCGGUCGUUGCAGUCCACGUGCCAGCAGAAGGAGAACGCGAUACUGUUCGACCGGCCACGAGGAGACCACCUACAUACCGAGCAUCGAAUUACCACGAAUAAAUGGUCAGGAGGGUGGUGCGUUGUCGAUGACGGAGAUGAAGAAAUCAUUGAGCUUCGAUCAAGUGGCAGCGGCCCGUGGCGGGAACACCUAGCACAGGCCUCGUCCUCGUCUUCAUCCUCAGCAGCAGCAGCAGCAGCAGCAGCAGCAGCAGCAGCA